UCAGCUGACAUUCAAAUGGCAACUUGGUUUCCUACAAGUGCUGUUUUCUUUUACAGUCUGUUGCUCAUCAUUGCACUUUUAAGCAGAAAUGUCUGUUGCUUUCCUGCUAAAAAAGGCUGGAGCCAGUAUGGUCCUUAUGAGGGCAGUUUCUCUAACAUGGAGGCACGUCCUGACUUCCAUGAUGGCUCAUCCCAAAGUGCUCCUGCACAGCCUUCUAUUGUGAGUUACCCUGCUGUCUCAUUCCCGUCUGAAUCCAUGGAGAAGGGUGUGGAUUCUAGUCCUGGAAGCUAUGCAGCAAGCCUCAGCCCCAUUCCAGUCAUGUCCAGUGACGCUUCAUGGUAUGCUGCUCCUGGUUGGGGUAUUGUGCAAGAUUCUGCGACUACCUACACCGCAUCCAGAACAUCCCAGCCCAGAUCUAACAUUGGCCUCCCCCCUCAACCGUUCUUUCAAGCAAGUGAGCUUGACCAAUAUGAAGCAUACUUGGAUCACGGAAAUUGGGAAAGUGAGGAGCUAAGCUAUCCUCAGCUGCCACUUUCUACAUAUCCAGAACUUGGCUUCCAGCCUGGGGAGUUGCAUCUGUAUUCCUCAAUCCUUGAGCAUGGAAAUGAAGAGCGUGAACCGGAAGAACAAGGUUUCAUGCCACUGGCUCCCUAUGCCUUUAUGCCACAAGGAUUGUCAACUGCUUCCACAUCGCAAGAAGGCCCCAUGCAGCUAGUUGCACAAGAGCUGACACCAGUUGGACCAAGCCAGUACCACAUCUUGACUGGUCGGCUUCCUCCUGGCAAAUACUCUCUCUUGAGUCAAACUAUAAGGAAGGCAGAGACCAAUGGAAUGACUCCCAAAAUCCACUAACGGGAGCUUCAGGAAUAUAUCAACAUUUAGCCAGACUGAACAACUUGAAGCAAAUUUGUAUGCUCUACAAUGUAUUUUGAGGUCUGUGUUUGUGACACUUAAUAAAUCCUAAGUGAAUGUUUAA